UGUCAGAUUAUUGUCAUAAAUCUCAUUGUAAUAAAUUACUUUAAACGUGUGGGUGUGCGGUAUUGUAUUGGUGACAAAAGAGCAAGAAAAAAAGUAAAACGUGGUAUUGUUUUAUUAAAAUAUAUCACCAGCCACUAAAUUGUGGUAUAUAUAUUUAGUUUAGUUUUAAGUAACUAAAAAUGUCAGCUACUUUUGCACAACGCGGUCGUGUACCGCCAACUCCAGCUCAAAUACAGAAGAUGCUGGACGAGAACAGUCAUUUGAUACAGACGAUACAGGAGUAUCAGAAUAAAGGAAAACCUCAGGAAUGUUUACAAUAUCAACAGAUAUUACAUCGGAAUUUAGUUUAUCUCGCUUCCAUUGCUGAUGCGAAUCAAAAUAUCCAGGCACUGCUACCGCCGCCGCAGGGCAUGCCGCCGAUGACAAAUGGUCCGCAGCAUGGAAUGAUGGGUCCGCAAGGGCCACCGAAUGUUGCUCCGGGAACUCCGGGCCCUGGAGGCGAAAUGCCGCCGAAUCCUCCGCAGCCUAUGCCGAUGCAGGGAUUUAAUCAGGGACAGCCGAUGCCUCAGGGUGGUUACCGUGGUCCGGUGAUGGCAGGACAAGGUCCUCCGAUGAACAGAGCGAACCCUGGACCGGGUCCUCAGCAGUAUCGAGGUGGACCACAGGCUUAUCCGCAGCAACCAGGACAGCAGGGAUAUCCUGCUGGUUAUGGGGGACAGAAUCCUGGUGGGAAUUAUCCACAAGGUCCUCAGGGAAGUGGUUAUGGAGCUGGUCAGCCUAAUCAGUAUCCGCCUAAUGCACCGCAGCAAGGCUACCCGGCGUCAGGACAGCAGAAUUACGGUCCUCCGGGUUCUGUUAAUAGUUAUGGUGGUCAACCGGGUGCUUAUCCGCCACCGGGAGGUAAUCAGCCCUCUGGUGGCUACGGUCCUCCGCCGCCGAAUCAGCAGGGAUAUCCCCCGCCUACUACGCAGCAAAACUUCUCGCCUAAUCCUCAGCAGCAGCAGCAACAACAGCAGCAACAACAACAGCAACAGCAGCAGCAACAACCUGGACAGUAUGGUAGUCCUAGUCCUCAGCCAAACUAUCAGCCUCCUUCCCAAGCUCCUAACCAGAAUGCUUAUGGUCCAGGUCAAACUCCGGGUAAUUAUCCUCCUCAGUCCUCUCAAGCUUAUCCUAAUAAUGUUCCUCCACAGAAUUACCCUCCUCCACCUCCGACGUCUAAUAAUGUAGCCCAGCCUAGCCAAGGACCGCCUCAGCAGAGUCAAGGGGGACCACCGCAAAAUUACUCAAGUCAGCCAAGUCCUGGUGGUGGACCACCGACUCCAUAUGGACCUUCAUCUACAUCACCGCCAUUUAGCACCAGUAAUGUGAGUGGAGUUAAUACGUAUGCUCCUAGUAAUCAACCGACGAGUACACCUUCUGCUUCGACUCAGACUUACCCACCAUCUAGUGGACCUCCACCGGCAACCUCGCAAGCUGGUAGUUACGUUCCUGGGCCUACUCCUUCCGGAUAUCCGGUGCAUCAGCCGUCGCAUCAAGCUCAUGGUCCACAUGGGCCUCAUCCUGGUUCUCAUCAGAUUCCCCAUCCACCGCCAUCACAGUCGCAACCUGGACCGCCACCUCAGUCUCAGCCACCUGGUCAAUCGCAGCAACCUUCUCAACAACCGUCUCAGCAGCAGCAGUCUCAACAACAACCACCAGCCCAAUCACCACAGCAGCAACAACAACAAGGACCUCCACCUCAAGGACCCCCUCAGCAACAGCAGUCUCAGCAGGGAGCGCCACAGUCUCAACAUCAACAAUCCCCGAGUCCAGUUCCGAGUAAUUUCCCGCCAACUUCCGGACCAAUAUCGCAGGGUCCACCUUCUGGGCCUCCAGGUCCACCUGGUCCGCCUCAACAACCUCCUGGUGGAUAUGGACCUCCACAGUCUCACCCAGCGACGACGCAGACUUACGUACCCCCGGGAUCUGGUCAGCCACCACAAGGCUAUCCGACUCACCCCCCGUCUCAAGGCGGCCAACCCCAUUAUGGACAUCCACAGUAUCCUCCACAAAAUUACCCACCUCAUCCUCCACCACCUUCUGCUGGUCAAGGUUACCCUCAGUAUCCUCCUCGUGGUCCACCUGGUGGUCACAUGCCACCGCCACCAGGCCCUCAAGGUCCUCCGCCACCGAAUCAGUAUGCAGGGUACGGUUACCAACAACCUCCGCAGUAAAUUAAAAAAUAACGAGACUUUUUUAAAUAAUUCGACUAUAGGAUUUGUGCUAUUUAAUGAUGUGUAAUGUAAUGGUUUUUUGCAUUGUAAUUUUUAUAUUUUAUAUAUGUAAUAAUUUGAUGAUAUUGAUAAUUAAAUAAACUCAUUUUUUUGUUGUACUUGUGGGAUCGUUUGUGGAAUAAAAAAUGAUUUU